GUCCUCGCGUCAGGCAUUGUCUCCGUCGGGCUCUUUGUGACGCGUCCUGCCGCGUUCAGUGAGGUGCGGACACCUCGUCACCCCCGAAAUGGAGGCGCUGACAUUUGAGGAUGUGGCUGUGAACUUCACCUUGGAGGAGUGGGCUCUGCUGGAACCUGCCCAGAAGAAACUCUACAGAGAUGUGAUGUGUGAAGCUGCCAGGAAUCUGGCAUUUGUAGGAAUAAAGUGGCAAGACCAGCAUAUUGAAGACACUGUGAGAAGCCUAAGCUGUCAUAUAAUAGAGAGAUUCUGGGAAGGAAAAGAAGGCCAACAGUCUGGAGAAAUCUUCCGCCAGGUUCUAGAACUCAGGCUGAGUAAGGAAACCGGAGGCAACUCCUGCGAAUGCAGUGUGUGUGGACAAGCCUUCGCUGAUGCGACGCCCCUUCAGCCACACCUGAGUGCACACACUUCACGCAGUCCACGUGAGCAUCGGGAGGAAGGGAAAAACCCAACUCAAGAUCAGCCAGAUGGCGAAGCUGUCAGCGAGCGCCACGCGCCGCCAGCGUCUGGAAAGACUCACCCUGGAGAGAAGGCUUGUGAACGUAGAGACUCUGGAAAGUUCUCUAUUUCUCCAGCAAGCCUUCAGAAGCACACGGGAACCCACAUGAACAGAGAGCCUUAUACAUGUAAGGUGUGUGGAAAAGCUUUUCAUUCUCCCAGCUCUUUUCAAGCUCAUAAAGGAACUCACACCGGAGAGAAGCCCUAUCGAUGUGGACAAUGCGGGAAAAGUCUGAGUACUCCCAGAUCCCUUCAAAUACACGAAAGAAUGCACACUGGCGAGAGGCCGUAUACAUGCCAGCAGUGCAGCAUGGCCUUCAGUUGCCCGAGUUCUUUGCAAAGACACCAAAGAACUCACACGGGUGAAAAACCCUACCAGUGUAAAAAAUGCAGCAAAGCCUUUAGUCGUUCGAGUUCCCUUCGAAUCCACGAAAGAACUCACACGAAAAACAGCGCGUCCUGUGAAUGUAAGGAAUGUGGCAGAACUUUCUUCUCCCUCUCCAAGUUCCAAAGGCACAUGAUGCUUCACACUGGCGAAGGCCCUUACAAGUGCCAAGAAUGUGGAAAAUCCUUCACGAGCCCCACGUACUUUCACAUCCACGAGAAGGCACACAGUGCAAAGAAGCCCUACGAAUGCCAGCAGUGUGGGAAGACCUUAAGUAACCCCACUUCCUUUCAGAGACACGUAAGAACCCACACCGGAGAGAAGCCCUACGAGUGCGCGGAGUGUGGGAAAGCCUUCAACUGCCAGAGUUCCUUCCAAAGGCACGAAAGAACGCACACAGGCGAGAAGCCCUACGUGUGCCAGAAGUGUGGGAAGACCUUCAGUCGCUCCACCUACCUGCAGAUCCACACGCGGGUUCACAACGGGGAGAAACCCUACGAGUGCAAGCAGUGCGGCAAAACAUUCACCAGCUCCAGCUCCAUCCGGGUCCAUAAAGGAACGCACACUGGACAGAGACCUUAUCGUUGCGAAGAAUGUGGGAAGACCUUCACUUGUUCCAGUUCUUUACGAAGACAUGCGAUCGUUCAUACCGGAGAAAGACCCUACGAGUGCCCGCAGUGUGGGAAAGCCUUCAGCCGGGCCAGUUCCUUUCAAAGGCACGAGCGCAUGCACACGGGGGAAAAGCCCUACGAGUGCUCAGAAUGUGGCAAAAUCUUCAGUAGUUUAGGUUCCUUUCGCGUCCACGAAAGAACCCACACGGGAGAGAAACCCUACGAAUGUGCCGAGUGUGGGAAAGCCUUCAUCUGUUCUAGUACCUUCCGGAAACACGAACAGACUCACACUGGAGAAAAACCCUACAAGUGUAGCAAGUGUGGUCAAGCAUUCAGUCGUUCUAGAAAUUGUCAAAUCCAUGAAAAAGCUCAUAGCACACGGAAAUGAAAUGUCAGCCUGACUUGGUUUGUUCCAGAAUUUCCAGUUUCUAGGACACUGGGAGACGGUACAGUGGUGAGAAACCCCACAGAAAUUGUGGGGUGCGGUUCUGGUGUCUCAGUCCAAAGCCCACGAAAGAAGACAUCUGAGGGAAAAAAAAACCGAUAUCCUGAGCAUGCCUCGCCUUUUACCGGCCUUCUGUGAGUAUUUCGGCUGUUUUGUUCCCUCUUUCUAUACCUCAUGAUUUUUUUUUCCUUACUUGAAUAUUUUAGAUACUGUAUAUUAGCAGUUAUAGCUCAGGGCUCUUGGUUGGUAUAUAGUUCAGUAGCAGAGAGUUUCUCUAGAGUGUAAAUGGCCCUGGGUUCAAAUUUUAGCACUGGAAUAGAAAAGAAAACAUACUGUCCCUCUAUCUCUGGGGCUUGCCAGUUUUUGCUAUUUUUUUUCUUUUGUUGUUGUUGUUAUUGUUGUUUUCUUGUGCCAGU